GACAAAUCUACUUUCGGUUUGUUAAUUAAUCUCAAGAAGAAAAUUUCCAGCAUUGAUGACAAAUGAUAAGGCUUUGCAUCUUCCUUAAACGUGAUUUUGUGAACGUACCCUUCCUUAUAAUCACAUAAAAGGUAUCCAUGAAAAAUAAAUUGAGGAGUCUGUGGAAGUAGGUAAUGGAGAGGACUUGUUCAUGGCCCUAUUCUCCACGAGGAGAGAAGGAAUUAAAAUUGACAUGGACAUACUGGGUAUCAGAGUUCACGGAAUUCCUCCAGGAACCAAAGCAAAAGACAUCUCCGAAUAUUUUGGAAAACCCCAAAAUGGCGGCGCAGAAAUUGAUGAAAUGUAUUACCCUCUUCGUGACAAUGACGCCGUCAUCAUCUUCACAAAUGACGGGUACCAACAUGCUUUUAACAAAAGUCAUACCAUCGGUGGAAAGAGUUUGGUGUUGAGUAACCUUCCAAUACAGAUUUUCUCCAACUCCUCUGUAUACCUGGAGCAAGCAAUUACACAACUCUUAGAUGAAAACCCGCCCCUCAUGAGAAGCCUCGAAAAUGACAAUGACGUGGAAGUUGUGUUCGACGCGAAAUUCAUGACGUACAGGGUUUCUGGGAAUCCCUUUCAAAUUGAGUGUGCUUCAAAGUUCCUAACGGACGCGUGGAUCAAACAGCAAGAUGACAGGAGGCCGAAAGAUGGAGCAACCAACAGAGUGGCAGAAAAGAAAGGCAAUACAGAGAGCAGACGAUCCCCCGCAGUAGUGAUUAGUGAAGAUUCGGACUCUUCCGAGAUCGAGCUAUCGUAUAAGCCUUUGGAUUCACAGAUUACCUUCAAGAGUAAACAGAAUGACAGAGACAUGGGUCAGCGUUCAAGUCCAUCGCCUAGUCAUUUUUCCACUAUAUCAAAGAAGACCAAGAAAUCUGAUGAUUAUGAAAGAAACAUUCCCCCAUACAGACCUUCAAGUUCGGAAACGUAUAACCAAACUCCAAAUGUAAAGUUCAACCCACAAGUCUUGGAAAACAUGAAUUCAUGUUUAAAUGUAUCGGAUUGCAGGGUUUCCGUAAAUGACCGAAGAUCGUCUCGAUUACCGACCAAUGCACAGAGGGACGAUUUCGCUGCGACAAGACCAAAGAAACAAACUCUUCCAAAACGGCAGAACCUCACAGGUAGUGAGAAGUAUACAUGUCCCAGAACCAUUCCAAAUAAGUCGGUGACUGCAACAUCAGAGAAGACGCCAUUAGUCUUCAAAAAUUAUGAAAGUGAUUCAGAUGAGGAGGGAACUGUCAUCACCAGACCAAAUCCAGAGUUAUCCUCAGUCAGAGACAGUGCGUUUCAGCGACCCCGGUCCCGCAAUCCUUAUGCUACCUUUCCUCUUUCAAACAGAACUGUUCAGACGGGUAUGUCUCUCAGUCAGUCCGACUUUCCGGACCUGGCUUUGGAAUACGAAACAUCUAUCGGAAGUGUGAAUGUAAGGCUUAUCAUCGGCGACAUUCUAACGCAGAAAACUGACGCAGUUAUUAGUCCUGCCAACACAGAUCUAUCAUCCCUUUAUGGAAUAUCUGCUUUAAUCGCAAGAAAUGCUGACAGAAACAUGAGGAAAGAAUGCGCUGAUUAUAUUGCCAAAAAUGGUAAUCUACUCUUUGGUGACGUCAUACAUACGUGUGCAGGUGGAAACCUUGAUCCUAAAGUUACAUACAUUCUGCAUGCUGCUGUUCCUUCGUGGCGGGAAGACAGCCCAGAGCAGUCCUCACAUUUGUUAAUUUGCGCAUAUCUUAACUGUUUCCAAUAUGCUGAUAAGAUCUGGCUCAGAAGUUUGUCCAUGCCAAUCAUGGGUGCUGGCCAUUUCGGCGCUCCUUUGGAUGUUUGCGUCCAGUCAUUUCAUGAUGCCAUAUUAUUGUUUACGCACGGCACCAACGAGUCCAAGCAUCUUCAAGAAAUUCAGCUUGUCAGCAAUAACCAGAACAGCGCAUGCUCAAGCGUUGUCGUAUUCAAGUCACUGAUGGACCUGGAUGAGGAGGAAGCCCGCAAAGCCGCUGUGGAACGAUACUACAAAAGAAGCAAACAAUACGAAUUUUCAGCCAGAGAUUUCGUCCUCAGAAGAGAUUCGUCAGAAGGGGAGCAGUACCAGGAUAACGAUCACGAUGACAAAACGGAUAGAGUCGAGGAAGGAGAAGAACCCAGUGGGGAAACACCAACUGAUAUUUUGUCCAAACAGACAUUGAAAAGUGAAGAUUCUGAAAAAAUGGAAUGUUCCAAAGAAGAGGAAGGUGACCCGAGUUCCCCAACCGAGAAGUCAAAAAGAAAUCAUGAAAGUAGCCCUAGUAGAAAUAAGCAACACUCUGACAGUCAAGAUGAAACAAAGGACUCAUGGACUAUUAGCGGGAAUCAAAAUAGAAAUUUAAAAGGAUAUUCUCAAGAGUAUGCACAAGAGGAGCUAUUUGAAAGCGAUAUACACAGAGGGACAUCACAGGAGCCUGUCAAUGUAUCUCCGGCUGAGUAUACCGAGGUGGAUGAAACCCCGUCAUCAAGCGUCAUUGAAAAGUUGUUGACGCACUGUGGGUCAAGCGAAAAUAUUGAGUAAAUACGAAGUUAAUCAAUCAGAUGAUAGCAUCUAUAAAUGAACCAAUCAGAUGGUGAUAUCCAAAAUGAACCACUGAGAUGAUGAAAUUUGAAAUGAACCAAUCAGAUGAUAUUUUAAAUGUCUUUCGCGUAUCACUUGCAUAUAUUGGAAUUGAGGAGUGUUGACCCCCAUGUAUAUUACAGUAAAAGAAAUGUACACAUUUUACGAUUUUUAAAAGAUGACAAGAAACAUAACAUACUUUCAGUGUGACUUGCAUUUGAAUUAAAAUAUUACAUGGGC